AUGGCGACCGUUGCAGAAGAAGAAAACCCCCUCAUAACGGCCCUGCCGCCUGCCACCGACUACCUCACCUACCUCACUCUGUUGGAGUACCAAUUGACCCCGGCCCGCCUACCCACCCUUCAUAAACUCCUGCAGGAUGAGACCCUGACGACCAACAUCGGCUGGGACCUGGUGCAGCUUCUCUUGCCCAUGCUGCCGCAAUCUCAAGAAUGCCUGCAGGACAUCGCUCGCUUGGGGAAUCCCCGCGAAGUCAUUUUGCGCGUCUCCGAGGCGCUCUUGCAAUUGCAGCCGGAGGACGAGGACGAGGACGAGGAUGAGCAGGAAGAUGGCUCGCCGGGGUCGACUCACGGGAUAGAGGCCAAGAUGGACAAAGUCACCGUAGAUGGUGAAAGUCGGGCUAAGGACGGGACCGGUCGCCUUCCCAAGCACAUCCUACAGUUCAACUCUCUCGUAGGCAUGCUCUCGGUGCUGCAUUCGCGCAUCCAGACCAAGUCGCCCAGUCGCUUUCUCGCCACCUCGCUGCAGGCCGCCCUGGAGGCCUACACCUCCAUGCCUACCAACGAAACCACCAUCGCCUUGCUGGAAAUGUUUAGAGAUAUGUCCCCCUCCAAGCGACCGGCCCCACCUCCCCGAGCAGCCAGCGAUUCGAGCGUACUACGCGUUGCGGAGGCGUCGGCGCCUGACCCGGAGGCGGAGGUCCAAUCGCCUAGCCCCAACACGCAAAACGAGAAGAUGCUCGUCAAGAAGUUUCUACAGUUCGGCCUGAUCGAACUUCUCAAGUCGUAUCUGCUCAGCUUUUCGAGUUGGACGGACCCCGGCAUGUCCUGGACUAUCCGGUUGCAAGAAAAGCAUCACCCCGAGAGAUGUCUGCCCGGCCGACCGUCUCAAACGGAUGUAUACGCUAGCAACAAGCAACUCAGAGAGAGAGAUAUGAUCAUGGCGAAGAUCGUGGCAUUAUCGCGAGACUUCGGUCUAGACGAGAAACAGCUUCUCGCUAUUAUCCACCAGGCGCCCGAGCACCUGCCGCCUCCGCUCGACUUCGAGGAUCCGCCGCGACAGGUGGACGAAAUUCCGCUCGAACGGCACGGGUCGCUGCUGUUGCUGGCAGCCCGGUCGGCGGUGGCGGCCUUGUUCUCGUCGGGACAGGUCAUUCAUCUGGCCGUCUUUCCGGAUCUCGCAGAGGUGUUCCAAAAUUUCGUCGGCGGAUACAACACCCCCGAUGAAGUUGCCUUCGGUCAGCCGCAGGUUCUGCUCGAUUCUCUACUCACCUUGACCGUGCUCUCCAUGCAGCACCCAAUUGAACAGCCCUCCAGCACCAAGGAAUUCAGGGAAUUCGUUCUCGCACUGACGGCAUGCACCACGCGCCAGAACUACGCCACCGUUCGACGAAUCCCGGGUGCCAUCGUGCGCAGCCACCAGUCCCAUCUGGUCCGAUUCAAGGUCAUCCGAUGCGUGCUAGAAGAGCAUUAUUUCCUAGCCGUCAAGGAUGAUGCCAUUGGAUGGCUGAAACAGGAGAUUCUCGACGCUGCCAAGGAACCCGAGCCCAACCUCUUCCUCAACCCGCACUAUUUCUCCGUCUUGUUCCCGCUGCUGUUCAACUCGUCCAAUCUCCUGCUCAACGUCUCCUCCGAUCUCGUGGCGUCCUCGAUCAAAUUCUCCCAGACCUUGUCCCCCGCCAUCCACGCCGCCGUCAAUCUCUACUACGUCCUGGUCUCCUCGCCACAGUUGCGCACCCAGCUGCGGCUUGAGAGAAAUUACAUCUAUUUCCGUCAGCAGUUCCUCGACCCUCUCCGGUCCCUCAUCCGCGCGUUCGAAAGCGACCUGCCCGAGAACGGCGGCGACGGCCGCAUCCAGAAGUCCGUCGGCGAGGAGGUGUGCCAGCUCGGCAUGGCCCGCUCAGUGGCGGUGGUCUCCUACGCGCUGGAGAAGGUGGAGGACGUGGUCAGCGAGGUGUUUGUCGGGGUUGAUGCCGAGUCCCAGGAAUCCUCGCCGGAGGAUGUUGCGCGCGUGGAUCGCAUUCGCAAAGAGACGGAACCUUGA